AACGUAUUCAUUCGGCGGCCACACAGUCUCGCGUCCCGGUUGCGUGGAAAAUCGGCUCGGAAAAUUCGCCUGAAUCGCGGGCGCGAAAGCACCACUUUCAAAUAUUUAUGAAUGAAAAUUGUGCCACAGUCUCCCCAAAGUGGUGUAGAUCGGAUGCAAUUUUUCUGGCCCUUCCGACCAUGGAGCCCUAAAGGGCGUUUGGGGCCAAUCGACAUUUUCAUAGAUGGAAAAAUGGAAUUCGCUGAAGGGCAAAAGUUUCAACUCAGUCAUCCGACCACCAUGAGAGAAACUCGCCGACUCCUCAAACUCCAGCAGCAAAGCUAAAAGCCUGAUCAGCCCCAGACAAUGAGCAGCUACUUCUUAGUGACAACCGAAGUAUUUUUGGACUUGGACUAUAGAAACUCCUCCUCAAACGAGAGCAACUGCAGUCUGGAGGGGACGUUGAACGGCAGCCCCUCAAAAGCAAUGACUGUGGAAAAAACGUGGCUGCAUCCAUGGACGUUCUUCAUCGCAUUGAAGAUCACAGUGAUGAUCCUGAUCAUCGUGGCGGCGCUGCUGGGCAAUCUUCUGGUGAUCGUUUCGGUGAUGAGGCAUCGGAAGCUGCGAGUGAUCACCAACUAUUUCGUCGUGAGUUUAGCGUUAGCGGACAUGCUGGUGGCCAUUUGGGCGAUGUGCUUCAAUUUCAGUGUGGAAGUGACUGGCGGCCAAUGGAUUUUCGGGUACUUUAUGUGCGACGUCUGGAACUCGCUGGACGUUUACUUUUCCACCGCUUCCAUUCUUCAUCUUUGCUGCAUCAGCGUGGAUCGCUACUAUGCAAUCGUCCAGCCAUUGGAUUAUCCCCUGAUAAUGACCAAUGCAAGGCUAAUAAUGAUGUUGACCAUUGUGUGGUGCAGUCCAGCGCUGUUGUCCUUUCUGCCCAUCUUCAUGGGCUGGUACACGACGAGCGAACAUUUAGACUACCGGAAAAAGAACCCGACUUUAUGCAUGUUUGUGGUGAAUCGGACUUAUUCGGUCAUUUCGUCCAGUGUGAGUUUUUGGGUUCCGGGCAUGGUCAUGAUUCUGAUGUACUAUCGGAUAUACGUCGAGGCCGAUCGACAAGAGCGAAUGCUUUAUAGGAGCAAAGUGGCUGCAGCGCUGCUCAACAAGCACCUGCAGAUCAACGGGAUUUCGGCCGGAAUCACGUCGCUCAGACAAUCGCUGGACGGCAGUCUGGAGACGGAGAAGAGCAACGCGACUGCCGCUUCCGAUCCGGGCACCAGCAGCAAAAUGCGGAGAGAGAGAAAGGCUGCCCGGACUUUAGGAAUCAUUGUUUCGGCCUUUUUAGCCUGCUGGAUGCCCUUUUUUCUAUGGUACGUUAUAUCAGCUCUUUGCGGCAACCAACUCUGCUACAGCCCACCAUGGGUGGUCACGUUGGUGUUCUGGGUGGGCUACUUCAACUCCGCCCUCAACCCGCUGAUCUACGCAUACUUCAACCGGGAGUUCAGGGUGGCGUUCAAGAAGACCCUGCAGAGCUGUUGCCAGAUGAUGUCAAAAGUCGCCUGUUGGAGGCGGUCGAAGCAAAGGGAGGCGCCCAUUUCGUACAGCAACGCCUCCAGUGAGAUACCCGGAAAUUAUAUCACCAGAGACCAGACGAUACCGAGGUGUAGCUACAACAUAUCAGAGGGGGAGAUUGUGAAUUUCCAGAAUGAGGCGAUAAUUUAAGAGGUAGAUGGCUGAGAAGGCGCGUAAGUUGUUGCCCAAAUAGUGUCUGAUACUGAAGUUGCAGAUGAAUCAGUUUUUUAGUUCGCAAUUAUUUUAGUUUUUUGAAUUUUUUUCUCGCGGAAAAUGAAAAUAUUUUAAGCCGUAAAGGUGUCAAGUUGGAACGUAGUAGCGCGCAAGCUGCGGGCGACUGUCGUUGAACUACACGUGCGCGAGAGAGAAAACCGGGGCCAGCUGCGUUACCAAGUGCGAAAUCAGUUUCGCUUCGUUCCAUUGCUGAAAGUUCUAUUUAAUGAUGCCAGAGACGUUUGGAGGAAAUUUCUGGAUUUUGGGUGUGCUUUGAAUAGAAACAUGAUUGUUUGCGAACGCAAUUCACACACGCAAUUCAAAACACUGUAAAUUACUUGAAAAAGUUCCGAAUUUACGCUUGAAACUUGAAGCAGUGUUUUAAAUAAAUUUUUGGGCAAAUAUAGUGAAUUAAAAUGUUUCAUUUAACUCGCGCUCUUUUAUUUAGCCCGAGGUUAAACACGUGGCAAAAUACUUGUUUUCGAUUUCAUAGCCAUCUAAAUUCAUUUUUUUCUGUUGACUAUGGGAACCAGUAGAGCCAAUUUAAUUGGUUUUUAAUUUGAAAAUGCUUUGACGCAUUCGCUGAAUUUUUCCACUAGGUUUUGAUCGAUCAACGGCUCGUUGUUGCAAGCACUUGAAACACUGAUAAUAAAUGUUCACAAGCUGCUUAAAAUCCAAACGCAAUACACAAAAUGUUAGCUGUAAUAAAAAAUCGAUUAAAGCUGUAGAAAAGUUGUCAAAGCCAAUUAGUAGAAUAUUCAGCAAAUGAAGAUCCAACUUGAAAGUUUUCCAUCAAUUUGCGAACGCCAAUCCAUUCAUUUUAAUGGGAUGAAUAUUCGGAACGUAACAAUAUUGAUACCACCUACGCGUGUUUCAUAAUGGCCCCAAAUGGAGUGUUUUACAUUAUUUCAGCUCAUGUGGGAUUCUAUGCAAUCAAUAAGCAAAUAACAAUAAAGACCGCAGAGAAUUGCAGAGGAAAAAUGGUCUGAAAUUGGCGUUUUAAGCCGAACGAUGGCCGAUUGGGAAAAUGUGCUCGAACGGCACAAAUGAUCAUAACUGGCAUUAUUUGCUGCAGUUGAAUGGGUAAAACUGCAGAGAAUGUGGCAGAGGUUCAAUAAUUAAUAGGCUUGUUUGGAAUUGGACUAAUUUUUAUAUGCACAUUUAUAGUUUAUCUUUGAUGGACUGAGGGUAUUCUUGUCAUGCUCUAGGAGCUGCUCGAAAAACCCACACACCUUGCAAGCCUUUCCACUAAAUUGAGUUUCUUCCUACGGGAAUAACAUGUUCCUUCUCGGACGCAUCGCAUUUAAUUUGUUCCAAGCUGUGAGAGUUGGUCAAGCAAUUAAGAGUGGCCUUUGAAAAAUUCCCACUCUGUGUCAGUUCGAAGUUUUCCGCUCUUUGGUCAUUCAGAGCAUGCUGCACCAAUUUCACUCUUCAAUACAAAGUCGAUUGCCCGGAAUUGUUUGGGCAGAGCCGAUUGAAAAUUGAUACUUUUAUGGCUUGGUUCUAGAGAGUUUUUCGAAAAAAACAUAAGUCAGGCAACAGCGUUACCAUCAAAUUAGUAGAAGUCAGCUAACAAGAUAGAUGGAUGUGUUUUUGCACAACAAGGUACUGAAGAGUUUUUCGUGUUUUUAGGUCACAAGUACGAAUUCUUGUUCACCACUAUUUUGUACCAAAAAC